GACGCCACUGAGUUAGAUUGAAGAUAUUAAUACUCCAAAGGUCAUAAUUCCAAGACAAAUAAAAUGGAUUAUUAUGUACAAAAUAAGAAAUAAUCAAGGCAAAAUAAGUGAAACGUGAGUAUAUUUUGCUAGUGAAUUAUGGCCGCAAGGAUAUUUAAAUUGGUGAUACUUGGUGCACCUGCUUCAGGUAAAGGGACAAUAUCGCAACGUAUUGUAAAAGUUUUUCAUUUAAAACAUAUUUCAAGUGGUGAUAAAUUACGGCAGCAUAUACAAAACAAGACAGCUGUUGGUCUAGAGGCACAAAAAUAUAUAAACGAAGGAAAAUUGGUGCCAGAUGAGGUGAUGAUAAAAUUUAUAAAAUGUGAAUUGCAAAAGGUCGAAGACGAAUCUUGGCUUCUAGACGGGUUUCCAAGAACUCUCUCCCAAGCUAUAGCUUUAUGGGAGUUGGAAAAAUUGGACUUAGCUAUAAAUUUACUCGUACCGUACCAAGCAAUAAUUGACAGGGUAAAAGGUAGAUGGGUCCAUUUGGCGAGUGGUCGUGUUUACAAUGAUGGUUUUAAUCCACCAAAGGUUCAUGGAGUUGAUGAUGUCACGGGAGAACCCUUAAUUCAGAGGGACGACGAUAAACCGGAAGUGGUCUUAAAAAGACUGGAACAGUAUGAAAAGAUGACUGGACCCGUGGCCACGUUUUACAGAGAGAAGGGUAUUUUAAAAGAAUUCUGUGGCGACGAGACAAACGUAAUUUGGCCUAAAGUAUUAGAAUGGCUAUGUACUCGCAUUCCAUUACACAUAACCACUCAAGAACCUAGUUAAUAACAAUAGAUGUAUUAAAUACAAAGAUUGACAAUAACGUAGUGUAGAUAUUUACUUACUUCCAUUUUCUAUGUUGUUUUAUCUAUACGUGAAAUAUAUACAGUUUUUUAUUGUGGAAUA